AUGUCCAACACACUUCGACCGUACCUGUCGUGUGUGAGAUCCACGCUGACAGCUGCACUGACGCUGGACAACUUUGCCUCGCAAACGGUCGAGCGCCACAACGUGCCCGAAAUCGAAGCCGCAUCCUCUCUCGAAGUUCUCCUGACACCACUCACCAUCUCGCGCAAUGAGAACGAAAAAGUGCUCAUCGAGCCGUCGGUCAACUCGAUCCGCAUCUCGAUCAAGAUCAAGCAGGCCGACGAGAUCGAGCGCAUCCUUGCGCACAAGUUUACCCGCUUCCUCAUGCAGCGCGCCGAGAGCUUCGUCAUCCUGCGCAGGAAACCCGUCAAGGGCUACGACAUCAGCUUUCUGAUCACCAACUUCCACUCGGAGUCCAUGCUCAAGCACAAGCUGGUCGACUUUAUCAUCGAAUUCAUGGAGGAGGUCGACAAGGAAAUUAGCGAGAUGAAGCUCAGCAUCAACGCCAGGGCGAGAAUCGUCGCCGAGAGCUAUUUGUCUACUUUCGCAUGA